UAUUAUAUUCAAAAGCAGCCAGUUGGGUGGCGCCGAAAAUCAUGUAUUUAGCUGCAAUAGUCUCAGCACUGCUGAUUGGAUAUGCAGCUGCGCAAAAUUUUAACUGCGACUUAACGACGAAUGUCGCUCUAGGUACCACGUAUUAUAUAUACAGUCCCAAUUACCCGCAAUUAUAUGAGCCAGGCGUCCAGUGCAGGUGGCAGGCUCAGUGCCCGGCCGGAUACAAUUGUAGACUGGAUUGUACUGACAUUGAUCUACCACUGACUUCAUCAUGUUCCAUGGAUCGUCUCCUCAUAUCAAGGACUGGAGACCCUCAAUUAACGAAUGCUGAGUUUUAUUGUGGACGCAGAACAGUUAGUGUGGUGUCCACUGGUCAGAGGAUUAGCGUAGGACUCGUAACCUCAUCAAGUAGUCCAAAGGGGAAGUUUAUGUGCGAACUAAGAGCACAGCGGAUCACAACUCAACCAACUUGCUCUUGUGGAUAUCGAAGAUUGGACAGAAUCGUCGGCGGCUCAGAAGCGAGACCCAAAGAGUUUCCAAUGAUGGCUGCUAUCGUGUAUGGUGACAUAGGUGCUAUUAAAUGUGGAGCUGUCAUCAUCGACAAGAAGUACGUCCUCACGGCGGCUCAUUGCGUGAUCAAAGAGGACAUUUCUAAUUUGGGGGUGCUUGUAGGCGAACUCGAUAUAAGAACUGGAAGUGAAUCGGAGACGCAGGGCUUCAGAGUCGCCUCAGUAAUAACUCAUCCCCAAUACACAGAAUCAAAUUACGACUUUGAUAUUGCGAUUGUUAAAAUCGACGGGGUGAUGAGGUACACUGACUACGUCGCUCCAGUCUGUCUGCCAUUUAAAUACAGCGACGACGACUUCAACGGGGCUAAGGUUACCAUGGCAGGUUGGGGCACAAUAUUCGCUGGAGGCCAAACGUCCAAUGUGCUGAGGAAGGUGGAUCUAGAUGUCAUCAGUCAGGCAACUUGCAGACGAAGUUUCUCUAAUCUAUCACCACGUCAGAUGUGCACGUAUACCGCAGGGAAGGAUGCUUGUCAGGACGACUCAGGUGGUCCCGUGCUCUUCACCGACACUGACAGCGGUUUGGUUUACAACGCGGGUAUCAUCAGCUACGGCCGGUUCUGUGCCUCCCGCGAUCCCGGCGUUAGCACGCGCAUCACCUCGUUCCUUAACUGGAUCGUGACCAACGCUCCUGCUGACUAUUGCGUGAAAUAAAUGCAUUUUACCCAAA